GCCACGUGUCGUUCAGGCAGCUCUCUCGCCGGCCACUUGCCUCUUCGCACUCAAGAGGCUCUUCCGUCAACUUCAGUUUAAGCUCUCUCUCGUCUUCUUCACCACCACCUUGCCUUCUCUGUAAUCAAUGGGGGAAGAAGCAAGUAGACAACAACAAAGGACAUGGAACAACAACAGAGACAUGACGUUAACGACAAACCUUUCUCUGGACAUAAACAAACACCCGACAGAUCCGUCUGAAAACGGCGGUGAAACAUCGGACUGCGAAGACCACGAGCUGAGUCUUGGUCUCUCUUUAGGAGGACGAUUCGGAGUAGACAAGACUCCGAGGAAGCUUAAACGAUCUUCUUCCGUUUUGGGCGCUGUGCUGCCGUUUGUGUCCGAGCCGGAGAAUAACUACGCGGUGGGGUUAGCGAGAACGACGUCGUUGCCGGCGGAGAUAGAGGAGGAGUGGAGGAAAAGGAAAGAGAUGCAGUCGGCGAGGAGAAUGGAAGCUAAGAAGAGGAGAUGCGAGAAACAGAGUUUCAGAGGUGGAGACGAGCAAACGUCGUCGUUUGAGAGUGAGAGAUGGGUCACUGCUAGUAAAAGUGGGUUUCUUCAGAGGCAUUUGGUUUCUUCCGUUGAUUCCGAUGGUGCAAGAGGAGGAGGAGGAGGUAGCUCUUCUAGCUUGUCGGAGCUGGACAACAAGAAUCAUCAACAAGGUUCAUCAAAUAGUUGUGGAGCGGAAACGAGUCCAAAGAUCGUGACAAGAUGUUCAUCUAAUAACAGCGAAAUCCACGGAACAGAGAAACACAAGGGGAAUGAGAAAGGAGAGGAUGAUGGGAAAGGGAAAGGCAAAGGGACGGUUCCUACGUCUACUGGUUUGUUUGACAUGCCGUGCGUGUUCACCAAAGGAGACGGUCCAAACGGAAGACGUGUCGACGGCAUUCUAUACAAGUACGGGAAAGUGGGAGAGGAAGUUCGGAUCAUGUGCAUUUGCCAUGGCAGUUUCUUGACACCAGCAGAGUUCGUUAAACACGGUGGUGGUGGAGAUGUUGAUCGUCCUCUUCGGCAUAUCGUUGUCAACACUUCUCCUUCAACGUUUUGACUAGGAAGAAGAAUCUGGUAAAAACUAGAAGUGUCUUCUCUUCUUGUCACAUCUUCUAGUUGUUGUUUUUAUAAAUCUUUUGGAUAUCUUCUGCAAAUCUCAAUCUUGAUGAAGAUCAAGAUUCUCAUGUAUUUUUAGGUGUAAUACUUGAGAGAACAUCAAAGAAUCAUCAAAUGAUAUAUAUAAUGAUUCAGAUA